GGCGGGGCCCGAGCCGUCAUGCCGUGGUUGAGCGGCGGCCGGCGGCGACGGCGGGGACAAUCUCGGGAGGCCCAGCGGGAGCCACUGCCUCAGGCUCAGCCCCAGCGGGAGCCGCCACCGCCAGCGCCCCCAGUCGCGGUCUCAGCACCCUCUGUGCCCUCCGUGCCGCCGCAGCCCCGGGCCCGUGAUAGCGCGGAGCUGCCGCUGCCGGCAGGCUGGGAGGAGGCUCGUGACUACGACGGCCGCGUCUUCUACAUCGACCACAACACGCGCCAGACAUCGUGGAUUGAUCCUCGCGACCGAAUAACAAAGCCACUGACAUUUGCUGAUUGUGUUGGAGAUGAACUUCCUUUAGGAUGGGAAACUGUAUAUGAUAAACAGAUCGGAAUUUAUUAUAUGGACCACAUAAAUAAGCUUACCCAGAUUGAAGAUCCAAGAGAACAGUGGAGGCGAGAGCAGGAACGGAUGCUGAAGGAGUACUUAAUUGUAGCCCAGGAGGCCCUCAAUGCCAAGAAAGAAAUCUACCAGAUCAAGCAACAGCGGUUUGAGCUAGCUCAGGAAGAAUAUCAACAGCUGCACAAAUUGUGCGAGGAUGAUGGCCGCUCAUAUACCAGCUCCUUCUCUGCAUAUUCAGCUAAUACAAAGUAUGAUCCACACCAAAUUAAGGCAGAAAUAGCAAGUCGUCGGGAUAGGCUUUCCAGACUAAAGCGAGAGCUGACCCAGAUGAAGCAGGAGCUACAAUACAAAGAAAAGGGUGUGGAGACCUUACAAGAGAUUGACCGGAAGAUGUCAACUUCUCACACCAACUACAAACUGGAUGAGGCCCAGGCUAUAAUGAGUGAACUCCGUACUAUUAAGAAAGCCAUUAGUACAGGCGAGAAGGAACGACGUGACUUGAUGCAGAGCCUGGCCAAGCUUACUGACAGCUUCAAGAAUAGCUGUGCCAUUAUGGACACUUUACAAGAUUUCUCUCACAGCACAGGUGCCCUUGGUGACUCUGGUGUCCCUCAGCAGUUCUGUGAUGCUGGCUCUCAGACUGACACUAUGGGGGAGUUUCUAUUUGAUGAUAAAACAAAACUUGUAGACCGUGUCAGACUUAACUGGCAGUAUGAAGAAGCCCGAAAAAGAGUCGCCAGUAUUCAGCAGCAGCUGGCUCAGCUGGCUAACGAGUCAUGGCCCGGCAUGGCGGAGGCCGACAGGGACCGGCUGCAGCUCAUCAAAGAAAAAGAGGCCCUGCUGCAGGAGCUGCAGCUCAUUAUUCAGCAGCGGAGGUCGGCAGAAGAUGUGGCCCGGCUGGAAGAGGAAAGGAGGCGCCUGGAGGAGGAGAUCCAGUGUGCUCGGGCCACAUCUGCACAGGGUGCCACGGAAAGGAUUCUACUUCAGGAAAAAAGAAAUUGUCUGCUUAUGCAGCUGGAAGAAGCUACACGUUUAACAUCAUAUCUCCAGUCCCAGUUAAAGAGCCUGUCUGCCAGUACCCUGACUGUGUCCUCUGGGAGCAGCCGUGGGUCCCUGGCCUCUAGCAGGGGCUCACUGGCCUCCAGCCGUGGUUCCCUCAGCUCCAUCAGCUUCACGGACAUCUAUGGCCUCCCACAGUAUGAGAAGGCUGAUGCUGAAUGUGGUCAGCUUCUACGCUUCGAUCUGAUCCCGUUUGAUUCUCUGGGGCGUGAUGUCCCCUUUACAGACCCGCAGAGCCACUCGGGCUUCCACAAGCAGAGGAGGUCCCUGGAUACUCCCCAGUCUCUGGCCUCAUUGUCCUCUCGCUCCUCUUUGUCCUCUCUUUCACCCCCCAGCUCUCCCUUAGAUACGCCCUUCCUCUCAGCUUCGAGGGACUCCCCUCAGGCACAGAUGACUGACAGCUUUGAGGUGGCAGGCCUGGGAACACUGGACAGACUGCGGUCUCAGGCCUCUACUCUAGGAGAUGAAGAUUUGCAGGGAACUGCAACACUUCAGCCACACGGAAUCCCUGUGGAUGGAGAAGGACCCCGUGAGCGGGGAACUCAACUUGUGGCUCCCACUAGUGGAACAGUGACCCUCCGAGAAGACAGCGCCAAGAGGUUGGAGAGGAGAGCACGCCGUGUUUCUGCAUGCCUGUCAGAUUACUCCCUUGCCAGUGACAGUGGGGUAUUUGAACCCCUAACCAAAAGAAAUGAAGACACUGAAGAGGCUGCUUUUGGAGACACAUAUGGAAACAAUGAGCCCCAGAUCUAUGUGGGAUUUCUGCAUGAUAGUACGAAUGAGUAUCUCCUUGUGCAUGUGCUGCAACUGAGGAACCUUGCUGGCCUAGUAAUGAAGGAAGACUGCAAAAUCCACAUCCGAGUCUACUUGCCCCCACUCGACUCUGGCACUCCCAGCACCUACUGCUCCAAGUCUCUGGAAUUCCAAGCUCCACUGGUUUUUAAUGAAGUGUUUAAGAUCCCUGUGCAUUCCAGCAUGUUGACAUUAAAAUCACUGCAGUUGUAUGUGUGUUCAGUGAAUCCUCAGCUACAGGAAGAACUGCUGGGCAUUUCUCAGAUAAACUUGGCCGACUGUGAUAGUUCAAGCGACAUGCAGCUGCGCUGGUAUCCUGUGCAGGUCUUUGCCAGCCCUGAGCCACCUAAGCCAAAAGAGCCUGUGCAAGUUCUGGAGAGUGCCACACAGGACACCAUAAAUGCCAGCUCGAGAAAGACGGAUGCAGUGACAGUGCUGCUGGCCAGAACCACAGCACAGCUCCAAGCCGUGGAGAGAGAGCUGGCUGAGGAGCGGGUAAAACUGGAAUAUACUGAAGAGGAGAUCCUGGAAAUGGAGCGUAAGGAGGAGCAGGGUGAGGCUGUGUCUGAGAGGAGUUGGCAGGCUGACUCGGUUGAUAGUGGCUGUAGCAACUGCACCCAGACCAGCCCCCACUACCCUGACUCCUGUUACAUUGGUGUGGACUCCAAUCAUGGCCAUGUGUUUACUGGCCAGGCAGAUUCUUACAACCCUGAGAAACUUCAGCCCCUGCCUCUUAAGGUUGACAAGGAAACUACCACAGAAGACCUUUUCCCAGAGGAAGCACUGGGUGUUCGAAAGGACCGGCCUAGCCGCCGUGCCCGCGGCUCUCCUUUUGUCCGCAGUAGCACCAUUGUGCGCUCACAGACCUUCUCACCAGGGGCAAGGAGCCAGUAUGUUUGCAGGCUUUAUCGUAGUGACAGUGACAGUUCAACACUGCCCAGGAAGUCCCCUUUUAUACGAAAUACUUUGGAAAGACGAACCCUUCGCUACAAACAGUCCUGCAGGUCAUCCCUGGCUGAGCUCAUGGCCCGCACCUCUCUGGACCUGGAGCUGGACCUCCAGGCCUCGAGGACUCGACAGAGGCAACUGAAUGAGGAGAUUGGCACCCUCAGGGAGCUGAGGCAGCGUCUGGAAGAUGCGCAGCUGCGGGGCCAGACUGACCUCCCACACUGGGUGCUCCGAGAUGAUCGGUUCCGCAGCCUUCUGAAGGAAGCAGAGAGGCAGACAAGACAGACCACACUUGACUACCAUCAAGAACAAGUAGCUGAGAAGAUGCUGAAGAAGGCCUCCAAGGAGAUCUACCAGCUGCGAGGGCAGAACCACAAGGAGCCCAUCCAAGUACAGACCUUUAGGGAGAAGAUAGCAUUUUUUACAAGACCAAGGAUUAACAUACCUCCUCUCCCAGCCGACGACGUUUGAUGUAGUGCAUUGUGCACAUGAAGUAUUUAUCUGCCUGUUUUAUUUUCAUGAAGUUCUUAGAUUAGCUAAAUUUGUCUUUAAAAUAUUUGUGCAAAGCUAUUAAUAUACACAUUUUGUAAAGAAAACAUAUCUAUACAUAUAUAUUUUAUAAUAGUGACGGCAACAGGGCUUGGUUUUCCCUUGUUGUGAAAUCGACAUCUCUGAAGACAGGUUAUUUUAUAAAAGAUCAAAUAUCAUGUUAAGAGUGUACAGUUUUUACACUGUUUUAUUUGACUUAAAGGCUGGAAGACAGAAACGAAGUGAGUUCAGGCAAAUUCACUGUAUUGUAAUUUAUUUAUAGUACUUUUUUCCUUGAAGGAAAAUACUGAAUUUAAGGUGUAUUUUAAGUCUGAAAUUUUGUUCUUCAGUAUUUGUCAUGCAGUAGAAUGGAACUUGGGGCUGGUUUUGUUUCUGACACCUAAAACGCAAACACUAUGUGCUGAAUUUGUCACAUGUAUCAGUUUCUCAUAGGUGCAUUUACCAUGUAUAUUGUAUACUUUCACUCUCUGUGUGUUAUGUUAAAAUAUCAACUGCAGUGGUUCAGUCAUACUCUGCAAGCUGUGUAUGCGUUGUGGGGCUUAGUGUCCUGGGCACUGAUGGCUCCUCAUUGCUAUGUUGUCAUCUGAUGCAUCUUUCUGUGCUUACUACAAGUCUGAAGCUGGCAACAGAGCUUCCAGCAUCCCAGGUUUCAGCCUGCCUUUCCACUGGUGACUGGUGGCUGUUCAUAUUGCUUACAGUUGUCAAAGCAUGUACAGCUAUCUUUGAUACCUCUGGCUGAUCUGACAGACAGCAGGUGGGAGUGCUCUCCCGUUACCCCUACUGUUUUGUGAAGGAAAGUGAAAAGAGUGAAAACAACAGAUACUAAGAGCAGAGACAUAACCUUUGAAGGUGCUUUUUGUGUAUGUGGAGAGAAGGGUGUGUGGGUAAUAUGGCUUACCCAGCAAGUCAUUGCAGGAGAAUAGUUGAGUUAAAUCAAAAUGCUUCUCUCAUAUUGGAGCUAACCAAUAUUCCUCAUUGAUUUUUAGAACUAGAUCAUGAGGGAAAAUUUAAUGGAAUAAAAAUAUACCAUGAUUCUUUUAAAUGCCAAACAAUUUAGUUUGCCUAGCACACCAUUAUUCUAUGUAAGUGUGCUUUCUUUUCUGAGGCCUUGAAUGAAUAAAUGAAGUAAUCACAGGAAAUGUCAAAGAAAGCAGAACUCUCUUCCUUGAUCUUUCUUCCCCUCCUUGGAAAUGUCCCUUUUGAUCGGGUUUCCUUUCUCAUCUGUCUGUAACCUCUUCCUUGUAUAACCCACUUUCAUUUUUCAAUUUAUUAAAAAUGAAUUUUGUUAAAAGCAUUUCAUUGACAUGUGACCAAUCACAGACAAUGGAAUUUGUCAGUGGUGGUAAGAUUGAAAACCUUGGUUUUUUUUUGUUUGUUUGU